UUGACUUGGCUUUUGCUACUUGUCUUUAGAGCUACUAGCAUAAUAUACAGAAAACAACAGGUAAUCAAUCCAUUCAUAUCACAAGAAUAAUUCAGGUUUAUAAUAAGAAGCAGUUGCCCAAUUCACUUACCAUUUUGCCACUUUCUGCAACAACUUUUGAUCAAAAAAUGGCUAUGGAAGGAAGAAAAAUUGGGUUAGCAAUGGAUUUCUCAAAGGGAAGUAAAGCAGCAUUGAAAUGGGCAAUUGAUGGUCUACUUAGGAAAGGAGAUACACUUUUUAUCAUCCAUGUUAAGCAUGCUCAAGGUUUAGAAUCUCGCAAUCUUAUUUGGUCCACAUCUGGUACACCUUUGGUGCCACUUGCUGAAUUUUGUGAUCCGGAGGUGAUGCAUGGCUAUGGAGUACAACCUGAGCCUGACGUCCUCGAAUUGCUUGAACUGAUAUCCAAACAACUCGAGGUAACUGUGCUUUGGAAAAUUUACUGGGGAGAUGCAAGGGAAAAGGUUUGUGAAGCAAUUGGGAGCUUAGAAUUGGAUGCUAUGAUCAUGGGAAGCAGAGGUCUUAGUGCUAUCCGAAGGGUACUUUUAGGGAGCGUCACGAGCUAUGUGCUAGAGCAUGCAACUUGCCCUGUGACAGUUGUAAAGGACCGUGGCAAUGAAUGCUGAAGAGUGAAGAGUGAAAGUACCAACAACUUUGUUGUACAUGGUUCUCCUGAUAAUCACUACUAUUUCUUUUGGAUUGGAUGUGAUCUUCUGCUUAAUUUUAAUUUCCAUAAAUAAUGUUGCAUGAACUGAUGAAAGAGUUCAAUGACUGCUGAUCAUGAUGUUAACUUUUCUAGCUUCUUGUUGUAUAUUUGAUUUUUUGUCAGAUGGAAUCGUGAAAGAUUGCUUUGUUUA